AUGGCAAGUCAAAAGCCUCCUUCUCAAAGCAAGCAGCCAGAUGACCAAAUUUCUUCAAAUACCCGUGAAAAAGCUCAAGCAGCCAAAGAUUUCAUUGAAAGAAAAUACCUAAGGCUCCGACAAAUAGAAGAGCGGAAAAAAAUCGAAUGAAAUGAAUUGCAUAAUAAAAUGAGAGAAAUGAAGCUGACCCAUGCUGAGCAGCAAAAUAUCAAGCAAGAGAUAUUCCAUAGAGAAGCUGAAAACUUAAGGAGAAGCCGACAGAGGAUCAAUAUUUAUGACUUUGAACCUAUUAAGUUAAUUGGAAAAGGAGCAUUUGGACAGGUAAGAUUAGUUCGAAGAAAAGCGACUGGUGAAAUUUUAGCAAUGAAAAAGUUAUGCGUGGCUUGAGUAAGUACAAUAUUUGAUUUAUAUAUAAAAAAAGGAGGCAUUCAUGGCAUAUUAUAUAGAUAAAACUGAAAUGAUUUUUAAAAACCAAAUGCGACAUGUAAAGGCUGAAAAGACAUUUUAAAAAUGGCGUGGCGAGCCAACCUGCUCUCUUAACACAUACAGUCAGGCGGAGUCUGGCGAGUGUGGAAGGGAGUGCAGUGUGUGGUCAAAGUAUCGGCCAGGUAUUACUUGGCCUGGUGAAGCAAUGUCGGAUUGACUGACAUCAGGCUCACAUUCAGGGAAGGUUUUCCGUCAAGGGACGAUGGAAUUUGGAAAGGGAUAGUCCAGCAAACUUUAAGGGUGCUCGCUUGGUCAAUCAGGCUAUUUUCCAAUGCAAUGCCAGGAGUUGUGUCCUGAGCUGCAAAUUCAGUCUGGCCAGAAAAUUAGCAUUUUAAAUUAACGGAAAGGGGCAACCUCGUUAACUUACGGUCGAUGACUCAGCUUCUUUACCUUUAGUAGCGGGCACAAGUACUCGUCCGGAGGAGCAAAAUAUACCUUCAGGCUGUUCAAUUAGACUAGCAAGCAAAGGACUUGAAAAUCAGCAUGGCCGAUGGAGUGCUUCUCAAUAAUAAUAUAGCAAAAUAAAGGCUGAAAGAGAUGUAUUAGCUAACGCAGAUAAUCCAUGGGUUGUAGGUUUAAAAUUUUCAUUUCAAGAUGAGAAAUAUCUGUAUUUAGUUAUGGAGUAUCUGCCUGGAGGAGAUUUAAUGACUUUGCUUGUAAGAAAAGAUGUUUUAACAGAGGCUGAAGCAAGAUUUUAUAUUGCAGAAGCUAUUUUAGCUGUCGAUUCUACACACAAAUUAAACUAUUCUCUAUUAAAAUAAAUAUCUAACAGUGAAUAAUCCUAUUUUAUAUACAAAUAAUUUUAUUUGAAUUAAAAUAAUUUAUCAUUUAAACCUGCAAAAUAUAUAUACACAGAGAUCUAAAACCAGACAAUUUGCUUAUGGAUGCGAACGGACAUAUAAAACUGACAGAUUUUGGCCUUUCCAAGCAUUUUGAUAUGAAUGUAAAUAAAAAUAAUGAAACUCUAUUAAAGCUAGAAGAUGAAGAAAAUUAUAGACAAACCCUUGAAAAGCGCGCAGAGGUGCGAAGGAACAGGAAUCUUGCCUUUUCUACUGUAGGGACACCUGAUUAUAUAGCUCCAGAAGUUUUCAGCAAGCAAGGAUACUGCGAAACUGUCGACUGAUGGUCAAUUGGUGUAAUUUUAUUUGAAAUGCUUGUUGGUUACCCUCCUUUUUUCUCAGAUAAGCCAGCCGAAACUUGCUAUAAAAUUGUGGCAUGGCAAAAGCACUUCAGAAUCCCGAGAGAAUCAAGGCUUUCAGAAAAUGCGAUUGACCUUCUUAGGAGGUUGAUUGCUCCUGCAGAUAAAAGAUUAGGAAAAAACGGCAUAGAAGAGAUAAAAAGCCAUCCUUUUUUUGAAGGAAUUGAUUGAGAUAAUAUAUGCCUAUUUAUAUUAAAAGGGAAUUCCUGCAUCUUCAAGUAUUUUAUCGUAAAUUGUAUCUAAAGAGGUUUUCAAUCAUUAUAAAUACUUAAUCCUCUCGUGAGCAAAAUAAACCAUUGAAAUUUCCUAUUUUUGGGUUAAAAACCUACCCUCCGUGAGCGAACACAAUUUUUAUAUUUUGAUAUAUAAGUGAUAGUUAAUAAAACGAAUAUAGCUUAAAACAGUUGUCGUUUAAAAACUUAAACUUUACAAAUUAAAUUAAUUUUGCUUUUCAAUUUUUCUCAAUUGGAAAUUUCGAAAAAAAUUAGCAUAUAAAUUUAUAGAUAAAUUUUAAAAAAAUUACCCUCCGUAUGCAAACAAAAUUUUUUUGUUCGUUCGCGGAGGGAGAGCUAUAAGAAACACCAGAGCUCCUAUAAUCCCUGAAAUAAAGCAUGAAAUUGAUACAAGUAAUUUUGAUAAUAUUGAGGAAACUGAACCAUUUUAUCCUGUAAUUCCGCCAAAGAGAAAAAAGCAUAUGAGAGAUAACCAUUUUAUUGGAUAUACAUUUAAAAGAGAAGAAAAUGAUGGAGGAGGGAUUUUAAGCAUGAUUGAAGAGCUGGAGCAGAAAAAAUCAUUAAUGCGACCUGCGAGUGCACCUCGCGCGACAAAGAAAUAA